AUGGCUCGAAUCACUAUCGUUGGUGCAGGCAUCACCGGUAUGGCCAUUGCUAGCCUGCUAUCGCGAAACCACGAAGUCACAAUAGUCGCCAAGAACCUUCCCGGGGAUGAGUUGAGCAGAGAAUGGGCAAGUCCAUGGGCUGGCGCAGUAUUCCUCGGGCUUGAUGGGUCGAAACCGAACGAACAGAAGAUGCAACUAGACUCCUUCGCCGUCCUGUGGUCCCUCGCCGUAUCGAAUCCGGAGUCGAGCAUCAAGCGCAUCGAAAUGAAUGAUUUUCACGAUGACAAGACCAUAGAUCAAAUAUGGUACAAUGGGAAACUGCCCGAGUUUCGCAUACUAAAGGACAGCGAGCUCCCGAAAGGUGUGAAGCUUGGCAUGAGCUAUAAGACCGUAGUCAUGACGCCGAAGAUAUUCUUGCCUUGGCUAAGGAACAGAUUGGAAAGCUCUGGCGUCAGAUUCAAGCGGAUUAACUUGAGUUCGCUCGCUGAAGUCAAGUCGCAGGGACAUGACAUUGUCGUGAACGCCACUGGCUUCGGCCCAAAAUUCCUGGAGGAUAUCCAGGAUCAGGAUGUUCAGCUUGUUCGAGGCCAGACUGUACAUGUCAAAAGUAAUUUCAACAAGAUUUUCAUGCGACAUGGGAGGGAUUAUACCUAUGCCAUCUCCCGAUUGGACGGAACUUGCAUCCUUGGUGGCAUCAAGCAAUACGAACAGACAGAACCCGAGGUCGACAUGGAAUUGCAACAAGACGUAAAUCUCUCGAACUGCAAGUGA